AUGCCUCCUAAACCGAACGAAGCUCGAAAAAAGCUUGCAUUCUACAACAUUGAUUUCUCUUUGGAACAUCAGCGCACCCUUGCUGGUCAAAGUCCUUCUUCGUCCAUUUCUUCUCUGCAAAGUACUACCAAGGAAAAAGAUCCAGUAGCUCGGCGCAAAGACUUCAUAAGGAGAAGGAAACAACAGACGGAUCAGGAGGACGCCAGUAAGGUUAUUCAGGUUGGUGGUUAUUUGUUCACUGAUUUGCGUUUGCUUACCACGACUUGUGCUCCUGUACAGAAUGGAAACUUGCCACCGCACUAA